GAGAGAGACUAAGACGGAUAACGCGUCAUCUCGCCUUCCCAAAAUUUCCCCCCUCGCUAGAUCGGGUCCAAAACCUCCAGCCGGAGGAGGCAAGAGAAGAGAACGAUGUUUAACUCGGUCAACCUGGGCAACUUCUGCUCGCCUUCGCGCAAGGAGAGGGGCGCUGACUUCGGCGAACGAGGGAGCUGCACCUCUAACCUCUAUCUGCCCAGUUGCACUUACUACGUGCCCGAGUUCUCCACCGUCUCUUCCUUCCUACCCCAGGCUCCCUCUCGUCAGAUUUCUUAUCCCUACUCAGCCCAAGUGCCCCCGGUCCGGGAGGUCUCCUACGGCCUGGAACCGUCCGGGAAGUGGCACCAUCGGAACAGCUACUCGUCUUGUUAUGCGGCGGCCGACGAGCUUAUGCACCGGGAGUGCCUGCCUCCUUCCACAGUCACUGAGAUCCUCAUGAAAAAUGAAGGCUCCUACGGCGGCCACCACCACCCCAGCGCCCCGCAUGCGGCCCCCGCCGGCUUCUACUCCUCAGUCAACAAGAACAGCGUCUUGCCCCAAGCUUUCGACCGCUUCUUCGACAACGCCUACUGCGGUGGGGGAGAUGCGCCCGCCGAGCCCCCCUGCUCCGGCAAGGGCGAGGCCAAGGGGGAGCCUGAGGCGCCCCCCGCCUCGGGACUCGCGUCCCGGGCAGAGGCCGGUGCUGAGGCCGAGGCCGAGGAAGAGAACACGAAUCCCAGCUCGUCCGGUUCUUCCCACUCGGCGACCAAGGAGCCGGCCAAGGGAGCCGCCCCCAACGCCCCCCGCACCCGCAAGAAGCGCUGCCCUUAUUCGAAAUUCCAGAUCCGGGAACUGGAGCGAGAGUUUUUCUUCAACGUGUACAUCAACAAAGAGAAGCGGCUGCAGCUGUCCCGGAUGCUGAACCUGACAGACCGACAAGUGAAAAUUUGGUUUCAGAACAGAAGAAUGAAAGAAAAAAAACUGAGCAGAGACCGGCUGCAGUAUUUUUCAGGAAAUCCACUGCUGUAACUGCAGACCUGACCCUUUGGGGUGGGAGGGAGGGAAAGAGGGAAAUUUAUUUUAUUUUAUUUUAUUUUUUAUUUUCUAACUCGUAUUUUUUUUCCGCGGGUGGAAAACUGGACUGUGGCCAGGGCUGGCCCCC